GAUCGGUCCUCUACCUUGAACUUCUUCUUCUUUUCUUGGUAGUUUCGUUUCAUCUUACGCGCCCUUGACUUCACAAUCACAUUGACGUUGAUCGAAGCUAGCAGGAAACUGUGAUCAGUGCACCUAUUUUUGAGAGCCUCUUCCGCUGCUCCUUCUUCAUUCCAUCAGCGAGCUGUGCGUGAAAUCAAACAAGAAGCUAGAUUCGAUGGCCAUCCAAUUGAGAGCUUCUUCUUCUUCUCUCUCCUCUGCUUCUUCCACCGGUUCCUGGAGACAUGAUGUGUUUCUGAGUUUCAGAGGCGAGGAUACACGCGACAAUUUUACAGGUCAUUUGCACAGGUAUUUGGUUCAUAGGGGGAUCAACACUUUCAUAGAUGAUGAUCUUAGAAGAGGAGAAGAAAUAUCAGAAGCACUUCUCCAAGCAAUUGAAGAAUCAAAGCUCUCUCUCGUUGUGUUCUCCGAAAACUAUGCAUCCUCAAAGUGGUGUUUGAAUGAACUGCUCCAUAUUCUUGAAUGUAAAAGAUCAAACAACCAAAUGGUUGGGCCAAUCUUUUACAAAGUGGAUCCCUCGGACGUAAGAAACCAACGAGGUCGAUUUGGUGAGGCACUUGCACAGCAUGAACGCAGGUUCCAAGAGGUGUCAAGAUGGAGAGCAGCUCUUUCAGAAGCAGCAAAUUUAUCUGGGUGGCAUUUCUCGGGCACCGGGAAUGAAUCUAAAUUUAUUAAUAGAAUUGUUAAAGAGGUUUAUGCACAACUAACAGAAGUUAAAGAACCUACAUAUUUGGAUAUGCCAAAUUGCCAAGUUGGGCUACACUCUCGGGUAAAACAUAUACUUGAAAUGUUAGAUGUUGAAGGAAGUGAUGUACGCAUGGUAGGAAUAUGGGGAAUUGGCGGAAUAGGGAAGACAACAAUUGCUAAAGCUGUUUACAAUACAAUUGCCCAUAAGUUUGAUGGUAGCUGCUUUUUGGCAAAUGUUAGAGAAUAUUCAGAGCAACAUGGAGGUUUAGUCGACCUACAAAAUACUCUUCUCUCUACCAUUGUGCGGCAGAAGGAAUUGAAAAUAAACAAUGUUCAUGAAGGAAACACUUUGUUGCAUAAAAUGUUGAGUUAUAAAAGGAUUCUCUUAGUUCUUGAUGAUGUGAAUAAAUUAGCCCAGCUACGUGCAUUAGCCGGAGCAUCAGAUUGGUUUGGUCGUGGCAGCAAGAUUAUCAUAACAACAAGAGAUAAGCGUCUGUUGACUGUUCACAAUGUCAAUCUUUACGAGGCCAGGGAACUAGAUCAUCAUGAAGGUAGUAAGCUCUUCAGUUCAAAUGCCUUCAAGCAUAAGACAAAUUUAGAUGACAAUGAGAAGCUCUUAGUUAGUACUGUUGUUGAUUUUACUCGAGGCCUUCCAUUAGCCCUGGUAAUUUUGGGUUUACAUCUCUAUGAUAGACCGGUUAAAAAAUGGCAAGCUAUGCUAGAUGGUUUUAAAAGAGAUCUCCCUGAAGGCAUUCAAGAUAUUCUCAAAGUCAGUUACGAUGGGCUGAAAGAAACAGAGAAAGAAGUUUUCCUCGACAUUGCGUGUUUCUUCAAAGGUAGGAAUACAGAAGAUGUGAUACAAAUACUUGAAGGUUGUGACCGCAUCGAUGCUAUGCUAAGUAUUGAAGUUCUUAAAGAAAAAGCCCUCAUAAAUGUUUCUAAAUUUGGUUUUAUAAGUAUGCAUGAUUUGCUAGAAGAGAUGGGAAAAGGAAUAGUUAACAAAGAGUCAAAAGACCCUGGAAAGCGUAGUAGAUUGUGGUAUCACCAUGAUGUCGUCCAAGUUCUAACGAAAAACACGGGAACAGGUAAUAUUGAGGGCAUAAUGGUAAAGAUGCCCAUAGAAGAUGAGAUACACUUGAGUCCUAAAUGCUUUAAAAGGAUGAAAAAUCUUAAAAUCUUUAUAAACAUCAAUGGACGGUUUUGUGGAAAGGUUGUUCAUCUCCCGGAUCAAUUGCGGUUACUUGAUUGGCCUAAAUGUCCACUAAAAUAUUUUCCCUCCAAUUUUGAUACGAAGAAAAUGGUUCAUUUUAGUAUGCCUGGCAGCCGCAUCUCAACUCUUGGAGAAAGAUUCAAGAGUAUGCAGAAUCUGAAAUCCUUAAAUUUGAAGGAAUGUGAAUCCUUAGCACAAAUCCCAGACCUGUCUGGAAGCCCAAACUUAGAGUUCCUGAAUCUAAGUGGGUGUAAAAGGUUAGAGGAGGUUCACUCUUCGGUUGGAUCCCUCGAAAGGCUUAUUAAGCUGAAUCUUGGAGGGUGCUCUAAACUUGUGAUGCUUCCUGAAAAAGUCAACUGGAGAUCCCUCGAAACCAUAAAUUUGAAGAAAUGUGAAUCCCUAGCACAAAUCCCAGACCUGUCUGGAAGCCCAAACUUAGAGUUCCUAGAUCUAAGAAGGUGUAAAAGGUUAAAGGAGGUUCACUCUUCGGUUGGAUCCCUCGAAAAGCUUGUUCACCUGAAUCUUCAGAAUUGCUAUAAGCUUGAGAGGCUACCUGAAAAAGUCAACUGGAGAUCCCUGAAAGACAUUAUUCUUCACCAGUGCAUAAGGCUGGAGAGUUUCCCUGAAAUUGUGGGAGAGAUGAAAUACAUGACAUCCUUGAGUCUAUACGAAACUGGCAUCAAAGCAUUGCCUUCAUCCAUUGGAUAUCUAAUUAACCUUGAAAUUUUGAGGUUAGAAGGAUGUGGAAACCUCACAGAUCUACCUUGCAGCAUCUAUGAAUUGCAAAAUCUAGAGAAGGUUAUUUUGUCCGGGUGCCCAAAAUUCGCAACAUUCCCAAAUAAGGUGGAGUCAGAAGUGCUUCCAACUUACUCAAAGGUUUCACAUGACAACCGCGACUCUUUAUCGAAAAGAAAUAGAUGGAUUCCAGGCAGUUCAUUGGAGCCAGAGCCAGACACUGAAUUCAAUUCGGCGCUUCCUUGGUUAAAUCAAUUCAUUGCGGAUGGAUGCACUUUGUCUAAUAUUGAUUUCCUCGCGUCCCUUGAUUGUGCAUCCACUCUAGCUUACCUUGAUUUAUCAGGAAGCCCCAUUGUUAUUCUUCCCGAAUGCAUCAUCAACAAAUUUGUCAACUUGAGGGAACUCUAUUUGAGCGGCUGCACGAGGCUCGUAGAAAUUCCAGAGCUUCCACCAAGUAUUAUCUGGUUGGAUGUGAGGGAUUGCGUAUCAUUGGAAAGAAUUUCCAAGUUGUCAAACAUUUUGGAGCGUAAAGAAUCACAAAUAACGAUUGAGGAGAUGGACUUGACUAAUUGCUGGAGACUCUGUCAAAAUUUGGUUGAGAUGGCAAACAAGGAUGAUGAUGAGUUGGACGCUGAUCUCUUCUCUCGACUCCUAUCUUCUCAGCAAUUCAAAUUCACAAUUAGAUUUCCAGUUCCAAGAAGCGAGGUUCCAAAGUGGUUCAGCUGUCAAAUGGAUUUUAAGGGGCAUCGACGGUUUGAUUUUUAUAUCGAAACACUUGCAAAUUUCAAAUGGGACAACACAGGAUUGGCUCUCUGUGUUGCUGCUGAUCAAAAGCUUCAAGAUGUUUGGACUGGUUUGCUCGUCUAUAUUCACAUCAAUGAAGUAAGAGUUUUAACUCUCGGCACACAGUGGGUUGAUUCAGCAGAGUCGGAUCAUGUGUGGCUGGGCUAUGUUCCAUUCCUUGAAAUGUGGCGGUUUGGUUAUAUGCGUCCAUUGCCACCUUUUACUUGUCGAGUCAUUAUUUAUCAAGAUGAGGAGUCUGAUUCCUCCAUAAAAAGCUGUGGUGUCCACCUUGUAAUGCCACCCAAUGAAGACGUUUGUAUGAAGCUAAUCCGUGCAGAGAACCUCACCAGUGAACUUUCUGAUGAUGAAGUUUACCUUUCUGAUGAUGAAGUUUACCUCACUAGAGAACCUCACCAGUGAACUUUCUGAUGAUGAAGUUUACCUCACCAGUGAACUUUUUGAUGAUGAAGUUUAUCAGGACUCAUGAGACAAUUAUCGUCCCAAACAGAGGACUGACUGCAAAGAAUUAUUUACUGAUGCGCAACUGGAGAACAAAAAGCUAUAAUUAUUACUGAUGCAGCAUAGCAUUGUCUAUGGACCAGUGUCACGAAUACAGUCCUAUUCUAAACUACUGAAAGGUUUAAAUAACAAGAAGCUGGGAUAUCAGAAGAAAAGUCUUCCAAAAGACGAAGCACCACCUUGCCUGCACAAGCUUGACUUUACAAAGGUGCUAAUGGAGUUGAGUUCAUCUCAACCAUGCUGAAGUUUCAAUAGCUUUGGUUCAAGAGAACAAAAUCCCUGCUAUUUUAUCAUGCUUUCCAAACUGUUCUGUGCAUGUAAAAACAAUUGUCAGCUUCACAAAUGUUUCUAGCACUCAAAGGCAGAAGAACUGGGGGUAUCUUGCUUUUCGUGGGAGGAAUUCUGUCAGUUGAGAAAUUCAGAUUGUGAAGUACCUCCAAAACAUAGGACUGCUGUUGCACAAUAAUGUAUACACGUGGAACAACUGGAGAACCAAAAGGCAUAAUUGUUACUAAUCCAGCAUUAAAGUCAGAGGACUAAUGGAAAGUUAUCAUCCCGAACAGUGGACUGACUGCAAAGUAAUAUAUACUGACGCACAACUGGAGAAUGAAAAGCUGUAAUUAGUACUAGUGCAGCAAUAUUGGUAAAGCAUUGUGUAUGGAUCAAUGUCACGAAUAAGGUAUUGAGUAUAGUUUCCUCCGGUGGAACCAUAGCCAGCUCAUCAGUUGAAACUUUGCAUUUGCAUUUUCAUUGGCAGUAGUCUUAUGACUACUGAAAGGUUUAAAUAACAAGAAGUUGGGAUAUCUGAAGUAGUGUCUUCCAAAAGACGAAGCACAAGCUUGGCUUUAAAAAGCACAUUGUAUGGGCUAUCUAUCCGGAGGCGAUAUUGGAGAAUGGCAGCCUAAUGGAGCAAUGAAAGUUAUAGACAGGAAAAAGAACAUAUUUAAACUGUCUCAAGGUGAAUAUGUUGCUGUGGAAAGAAUUGAAAGCAAAUACUUGCAAUGCCCCCUUAUCACAUCGAUAUGGGUUUAUGGGAACACCUUCAAGUCAUUUCUUGUUGCUUGGUUGUUCCUGACAGAAAGGCCUUGCAGGACUGGGCAGCUGAGCAUCAUUUGACUGAUGACUACAAAUCAUUGUGUCAAAACCUGAAGGCAGGAAAAUACAUUUUGGAUGAGCUCAAUGAGCAGCUCAAUAGCACAUCUUAGAAACAGCAACUUCGAGGGUUUGAGUUGUUAAAAGCAGUUCAUUUGGAAGCUAACCCCUUUGACAUACAGAGGGAUCUCAUGACUCCAACUGUCAUUGGAUUCUUCAUUUGAAUGACAUGUUGACUAUUUAUGUAUUUUAUAUGGAUGUGAAAUAGCCAAUUAUCAGUUUUGGGUUAUUGGAUUUAUUAAAACAGCACGAGGCAUCUCUAUAGAUGGUAAGAAACACAUCCAGUUUACAGUCUUGGUUAAGAAAUCUGUGUUUGUUGAGGACCACAGCAUUUGAAGCAUAUUUCAUACAAUAUGGAGCUUUAAUGCAUUUAUAGGCAUGUUAUUGUUGGUGGUUCAUGUAGCCUGCAAUUGUUGCAUUAGUAGUUAUACAAGUCCUCUGUUCUGUUGAACAUGAGGCUCUUUCAUAGCUAUGUGUUUUGGUUGCAAACUGACAGAACCUUUUAUCAGAUUUUUCAAGCUAUUGAUUUC